AAAGGGAUUACCAUAUUUUCCGGACGCAGUUUUUUCAUCCUUCGGCUGGGUUUGCGACUUAUAUAUUAAAAUACAUCAUUACACAUGUUUGUUAUUUUCACACUGACAGCCGCUAGAGGGCACUGGUGCGAUUUCAGAAAAUACAGUAACUGAAGUUACUACUGUAGCAUAAGGUAUUUAAAUAACUUCAAUAAGUAAUGGUUUGGUACUUAGUUGCAUGCUUUGAACUGUAGGAUUAGGUAAAACAGGGAAACCAGUAUGCCUUUGGGUAUUUUCACAAUAUAAGCUCUGAGCCCCUCCCCCUCUCCCUCACUGUUUACCUUGUGUUGUGUUCAUGAACCUAAAUAGACUUUAAAUGACUUCUUUGCAUUUCUAAUUUGUUGAUGUAGACACAGACACAGACACAGACACAGACACAGAUGCAGCAGCUGCUGCUGCUCUAUCAGUUCAUUCCCUGCUCUUGUUUUGGUUGUUGUUGGUCACACUCCCAGAUUCUGAAACACCAGGAAACAGACCAAACAAGCAAGGACAUUUGGAAGAGGCCUGAGAGUAAAAAAUGUAAAGACACACACACCCAAACACACACCAGCCCCUUACCCAAAUGUUAACUAUUACAAAUAUAUGACUAAUCCUAUCCCUGUAUUCACUUUUGCUAAAUCUUUAACCUCAAAAUACCUUCUUGUUUGGGCCUGCAAAAUGUUCUCCCCCAAAAUAAAUGUCCCCACAACUAUAUCUACACCAUGAGCACACACACAUAAAUAUGCAAAGUGAACUGAAGUAAACUCAGACUUCCCUCCUUCGCUCUCUUCUUUCUCUGCUCUGACAAAAACACGCUCACGCUGACUCCUCCCACCUCCAUGCCUGUUUCUAACCCCAUGGCUGUCACAAAACAACAGUCAGAGGAGGAAUCUUGGAGUGUUGUAGCCACAUGUUCUCGUCCGUGUCUUACUUGGAAAGCAUAUUGGAACUCCAGAGAGGGAAUUUCAUGGAAAGGUUGCUGAUGGACUGAUGCAGAGGAGAUUCCUCUGGAAUUCUUUGGAAUUUUGAAAUAUCCAACUGAGAAACUCAACUUUGACCGAUCCUUCAAUCAAACAUACAUUUUGGACAAAAAAAAGGCUUUUUGUUUUGGCUGCAUUAACACCAGGUUGACCACCGGGCAGCCCAGUAGAGUGUAGGCUGGAGUAAAAGUGAGUGAGUACACGGGGAUGACCUUCGUUGGUAUUUUUAACACGUGGAAACGACGGUAAAUGGAAAGGAGGAAGUCUGACUCUUACUGAACAAAUUCUCACAAGAUAAAAAACAAUGAGACAGGACAAAGGACAGCCACAAAAUAGAGACACAAACUCAGUGGACAGUCCCUUUUUAUCAUUGCUGGAUUCAGGAGAACCCAACAGAGACCGUCAGGGUGGAACUCAGCAGACAACCUGGUGGGACUCAGAGAAAGUCCCUACUGUCCUGAGUCCCACCUACAAGCAACGCAACGAAGACUUCAGGAAGCUUUUUAAGCAACUCCCUGACACUGAGCGUCUCAUUGUGGAUUAUUCCUGUGCUCUGCAGCGGGACAUCCUCCUGCAGGGACGCCUCUACCUCUCAGAGAACUGGAUUUGUUUUUACAGCAAUAUCUUCAGAUGGGAAACACUGCUAAUGGUUCGACUGAAGGACAUUUGCUCCAUGACGAAGGAGAAGACGGCUCGCCUCAUCCCUAAUGCUAUCCAGCUGUGCACUGACAACGAAAAGCACUUUUUCACCUCUUUUGGAGCCAGGGACAGGACGUAUAUGAUGAUGUUCAGGCUGUGGCAGAACGCUCUUCUUGAAAAGCCUUUAUGUCCUAAAGAGUUGUGGCACUUUGUCCAUCAGUGUUACGGUAAUGAACUUGGUCUAACCAGUGAUGAUGAGGAUUAUGUCCCUCCUGAUGAGGACUUUAACACCAUGGGCUGCUGUCCAUCUCCGUGGUGCAGGUACUGUGAGGAGCUGCCAGUGGAGGAAAAUCCGGAGAACAACGACAACAACACACUGACUAAGAACACAGAGGCCAAGCCUGAUGUCAGCCCUGCUCUGCUCCAUAAAUCCUUCAGCAGUGCUCAGCCAGAGGUGCCCAACACCGACUCUCCAGUACCAGUGCAGCAGUGUGAUGCAGACCCUGUGGAGGAUGUGUCCAGCCCUGCCGUGGACACUGAUCUCCUCAUGCUCCCUUCAUCUGUGGACCACAGAGGCCGAACCCCGUCCCCCUCGCUGGACCUUAACGACAACGACGAGCUACCGACUGAACUCAGUGAUUCGUCAGAGACUUAUGAUGAAGGUGAGGUGCAGGCUUUUCAACAGGACCUGAGUGGCAAGCAGUACAUCAACAGAGUAUACAACUUGGGUGUAGACAAAAUGUAUGAAAUACUGUUCUCUGAGUCGGACUUCAUCAUCGACUUUAGGACACAGAGGGGUUUCUCAGAUAUGGUGUAUCACCCAUGGACAAAACAGCAGGACGGAAACCAGACCAGAGACAUCAUGUAUACUGUUGCCCUCAGUAAUCCCCUGAUCCCAAAGAUGUCCACAGCUACUGAGACACAGACUCUGUACAAGGCGAGUAAUGUCAAGGAGUGCUACAUUAUCGAUGCCGAGGUGAUCGCUCAUGAUGUUCCCUACCACGACUACUUCUACAGUCAGACCCGCUACAUGCUGACCAGAGUGGCCAAGAACAAGUGUCGUCUCAGGGUGUCGACACAGCUUCAGUACAGGAAGCAGCUGUGGGGGUUGGUGAAGGGCUUCAUCGAAAGGAACUGCUGGAGCAGCUUUGACGACUACUUCAGACACCUAGAGGUCGAUCUGAAUAAGCUGGAGGUGGAACUGACGGAGCCACACCGACAGUCACCAAGGUAUAAGUCUCUGAGGACGUGCUCCAGUCGGAGGAGGAAACCCACGCUGGUCAAUCACCUGAGACCACCGGGGAACAUAGAUGAGGGUUUGAGUCCUGGCACCACACCUGAGGAUGAGGAAGAAAUCCCUCACAUUAAACACGUGGCAGGUUCCACACAGACCAGACACAGACCAGACACGACGGGAGGUUUCGCACUUUACAACUUCUCCAAACUGCUGAUUCUCGUCAGCUUUGUCCUGAUACUGUUGGUGUUCCUCAACAUCAUGCUAUUUUAUAAGCUGUGGAUGCUGGAGUACGCCGCACAGAAACUCACUGCAGUAGAAGAACUCAGACUAGAGCCGAGCAGAAGCCCUCACACCCAGCUGGAAUGGGUACAACUCCUGGACUCCCAACAGCGCCACCAUGACAAUGGACUGCUGAGGUGGAAAGAGCUGAUCAAAACAUCAGUGCUGCUGCUGGAAGAGCUCAGAGAGUCUCUCCUAAACCUCCAUAAAAGCAUCAGUCACAGGGAAGAAAGCCCUGACUCUGAAGACAAACAAAACCAAUAACAAUGAUGAAAAACUUUCAAAUGUUAAUCCUGUGCAAUAGUCGCCCUUCCUUUCCCGGUGAGGAGAAGGAGGCCUUAUACAGUAAAGCCUGUGCUCUCUCACCACGCAGCACGUGAGAGAGCACUAACAUAAUGCAAAAAAUAAAUAAAUAAAACAGGCAGGUUUAACAGACGCCUCACAUCUGUCUUCUACAUCUACAAACAUGUCUCACCAACAACUUCAUCACAGAGGUUUUUGUUUAUUUGGUUUAUUAUCGCUAGACAAAGAUACAAGUAUAUUUUUAAAUACAUUGCAAAUAGUUGUUUUAACAGUGAGAAAUCAAACCAUAACAACAGGUUUAACUGUGUGUGUGUGUGUGUGGGUGUGAGAGAGUGUUCUUGGUAUAGCUACACAUGUGGAGACACAUUUUUAGAGAAUUCCUUUCCUGUUGGGACACUUUGUCCUUGUGGGGACACUCUGAAGGUCCCAAAUGAUUGAGAGUAUAUUUCGGGGGUUAAGAUUGACUUUGUAAUUAGGAUUCAAACUGGGGCUGGGUACGAGUUACAUUCAGGAAUUGGCUGAUAUUUGUGAGAGUUAAGGUUUUGAUAGUGGGAUAAAAGGCAAAAACCAGUGUGAUAUUAUACUGUGAUCGCAGCAGACACAUUUGGCAGAUCUGUGCAGGCAUCCCUGGUACGUGAUGCCAUCCUUUAGUGACUCAACAUUGUUCGUAUGUUUUCUAUGGCAUUGAAUAAUCUCAACCACGGUCACUGAGCUGUGACUCACUGACAAGAUGCAUGAGAAAGACGCCAUAGACAAGUAGAGGCAGCGAGUGAAAACACACUGGUCAAAGGUAGCGCAGCUCCACGUUACCUAACACGUUGCCACUGGAAUAAGGAAAAUAUUUUUGCUCCAUGUCUGUAAUGAUUCAUUGACACAUCUCUAUCAUCACUGCCAAGUCUUACACACAAACAGCUAAACUCAACUUCACCGAUAACAAUGUGAAAUACACUAGAGCUACUCUGUGCCAACGGUAUUUAUUCAUAUUUAUUUAUGCAGUUGUUAGUUACAAUGGGGUUUUUUCUCAACUGAUGAAAAAUAUUUUGAGUAAGAAAAUAACAAUUAUGUAUAUAAAAAAAUGUAAAUAACAAAACCCACCUGAUGAGGUGUAAAAUGUUUUGCCACUUUGUUCCCUGACCCCUCAGUCGACUCUCCCUGGACACCACUUUUUGAGAACUAUUGUAUUGUAAAUCGUCACCAUGGCUCUUUUUAGCAUGUGUAAUGUAGUCACCUGUAUUAAAACCACAAGUUACAAUCCUAAAGGAGACGUUUUACAGGCAUGAGCAUGAAACAGAAAUGUGUGGCAAAUUUCAAAGACAAUUUGAAGAUCCUGCAGCAGACUGAUGCAUGAGCGGUUACUUUUCUAAACGUAGAUCACCAGUAAAAUGUUCCCUUUGACAGAGAACAUAUCAGGUAGUGUUGCGCACAAAAACCCGUACUGUACAUGAAGCAUUUUGUUACUGUUAUACAAUUUAGAUGACGUGUGCGGUGGCAGUGAUGACUUGGUAUCUCUGGGAUUGGAAAGACACUGGGUUUUGUUUUAGGGAAAACAACACAGAGAGGAAGGCGUUUGAAGCCAUUACUAAGAUGUUACAAUUCAACUGCGACUGUUGUGUAUUAUAAAGGGAUUCAUGAUCCUGUAUGUGUAGAAAUAUCAUGAUGAAUCCUUGAAAAAACAUUACAUUCCAACACAAUUAAACUGUGUGAGAAUAAAAACCUUGAUUUGUUGUCAAGUGAAUUGAACAAAGAUGCAGUUUGGUUGAGUAGGAGUGUGCUGUUUGGAGGACCAGGAUGUAUUACAACAUGCUUACUAUAGAUCCAUCUGUGUACGUAAAUGUAUUUAUGCAGAUUUGAAUAUAUGUAUAAAUGUGUAUGUCAUAGCAAACCACGCUGGCAGUGGGUUGAAGAAGAUAUUGUUUAUAGUGAAUCAUUCUUAGACACCUCAGAGCAAAAUUCUGGGGGAUUAAUAAAUGUGCAAUAAAUGAUAAUGUGUGUGAA